AUGGCCACUCAAGACUUCCAACUAGUCUCGCCCGCCGAGUCGUUACUCUCGGCCCCUGGCGACAACUACACAUCGCUCUUUGACGGGAGCAACCUCGAUGACAAGCACACGACAUUAAAUCCUAUGGAGAUGAUGAGCCCACAAUCAUACAUUGACAAGUCGGAUGCCUUAUCACCCGUCGCCGAAGAAGACGAGCAAGAAACCACAGACGACAAGAGGCCAACGAAGAAGCGCAAGUCCUGGGGUCAAGUCCUUCCUGAGCCCAAGACCAACCUGCCCCCACGCAAGCGAGCCAAGACGGAUGACGAAAAGGAGCAGCGCCGCGUCGAGCGAGUUCUCCGUAAUCGCCGAGCCGCCCAGUCCUCCCGUGAACGCAAGAGGCUCGAAGUUGAAGCACUCGAGAAGCGCAACCAGGAGCUCGAGGCACUUCUUCUCAACGCCCAAAAAGCCAACCUGGUACUCGCCGAGCAACUUGAUCAAAUUCGCCGCGAUUCCGGUGUUGUCACCCGCACAUCUACGUCACUAGACUCCCUUCGUGACAACCAGAUUUCUCUUUCUCCUACGCUUUUCAAUUCACAAGAUGGUCACAACGCCGACGCCAAGUCGGCCGAUGAUCUCAUGAAGGAAAUCCUCAUGGACGCCAACCCCACCGUCGACCCUGUCGCUCUCUCUCCCGAGCUUGGCCCUAAGAAGGAGCCCGACACGGAGCCCGAGCUGAUGGCACAGACUGAAAGCACCUCUCCCGACAUGACACAACAUCCUGCCGCGAUGUUGUCCGACCUGCAGUGUCAUAUGUCGGCGGAGGAUGCUGCUCCUUUCGGCAUCGGCAGUGGCUUCAGCAUGCCAGCGGCCGCUGAUACAGAUCGCUAUGUCCUUGAAAGCGAACUUCUCGCUUCUCCCGAAUCCACAGCUUUUGACGACGAUUAUCUGGUUGGUGACUCUGCCCCCGGCUUCGCGGAUGGACUUUUCGACAUCAACGACUUCCUCAGCGACGAAGCAGGCCACGUCGUCUCCGACAUUAUGGCAGCGAGCAACUAUGCCGCUGCGGACCAAGGUCUCGACGCCCAGGUCCACGACCCUGAGACUCAAAUCUCUUCGUAA